AUGAGCCAACUCUUAAAACAGGCCAGAGAGUUAUAUAAGGCUGAAAAGUUUGAGGAGUGUUAUAAACUUACUGGGGAUCUCCUAGUUAAUUCAAAAGAUUAUGGGACACUAGUUAUGCAUGGAGCCUGUUGCUCUCAAAUCGGAAACGAGAAGGAAGCUAUUGAAUCAUAUUUCUCGGCUCUUUCGAUUGAUUCUACAAACAACAUGGCUUGGAUUGGUCUUUACAAUGAAACUAAGAAAAGCCCAGACAGAAAUCAAAGAGUUCUUUUAAAAGUAUGCACAGUACUCGUCGGAAAAUGCUCAAAGUCAGACCCUAUUGGAAAAUAUUUAGAAUACGCAAAAACGCUUGUUCAAAUCGUGGUUCAGUUUCGACUACCAUUACCCUUUGAUUUUAAUGAAUUUGAUGAUAUAUGCGAAUUUGUUCUUGAACACGAUCCAGACAAUGUAUAUGCUCUUGAAGCUACGUUUCGUUUACAAAUCGAAUAUUUCUUAUUCCAUGGAUUUCCUGAAUUUAUUGACCCGAGUUUAUGCAGUCAAUUAAAAUUCAAGAAUAUAACGCAACAGUCAAGAGUACCCCAUAUCACUUCAUCAGCUGUCUACCUCAAACGAUUAAAACAAUUUGAACAAAUGCUAGAAACAAUACAACAAUCAACCGAUGUAACUAAAACAGCUCAUAUAACACUAUGUUUGAGUCGGCUGUUAUAUCGUUUAUAUACAUAUUUCAUUCCCAAUUAUUCAUCAACCAAUAAUGUUGAUGAUGAUGUUACUACAAAUUCUAGCAAUCAAAAUAAUGAAAAAUGUUCAGAUUUAUGGAAUCUUAUUCAAAGCGAUAUUGAUAAACUUGAUUUCAAUGGAGUUGUUGGAUUUGUAAACUGUUCAAAGAAUCAAAUAAUUGAUCUUCAUGCUGGACUUUUGUAUGCAUUGGCUGCGUUUAAGUUGUAUCAAUUCAAUAGUUGUAAUACAAUCAUUACUACAUUAAUAUCUUUUAUUGAUAGAAAUUGUACACAAUUUGAUUCAGAAUCUGAAAGUUUAUCCGAACCUAUAACGAAAUUUAUCAUUUAUACAUCAAAUCUAAAUUUUCCUCAACUUACAUUAUGUACACCAUUUCGUUUCAAUUUAAAUGAACUUGAAGAUAAUGAUUUGCUAACAGGAUAUAAUAUUUAUGCAAUAAUUAAUUCUUGGUUACGGAUACUAUACAUGGCGAAUAUUUGUAAUUCAGAAAUUUCUACAAAAAAUAUUGAUGCAAAUAUUGAAAUGAUUUCUUGUCGAUUGGCAAAUACAAAAUAUAUCCCGUCUACUUGGAAAAAUGUUUAUCAAACUUUGUACUUAGAAUACUACCUGAUCGUUAAUAAUUUAGAAGCGGCAUUCAGUAUUCUUCAAAAGUGGAAAAGACAUCAUGAUUGUCAAACGAAUAAGACAAUUCCAAAUAGUAUUGAUUUAUGUCCACGUUUUCGAAUAUGUCUGAUAUGGUUAAAAGUAUCUAAACAUAUUUCUACUAAGUUGAUGAAUGAUUCCGAUAAAACAAUGCCACAGCCUAUUGUGGAUGAAUUUUUAGAUUUACUUAAAACAAAUAAUCUCAUUAUUCAUUCAACUCGUUAUCAGUAUUUAAUUGGAUAUGUAAUGAAAAUAUUUGCACAAUCUAUUACAAAUUAUCCUGAAACUGUGGGUCGUGAUCAACAAUUAAAUGCAUUUUCUCUUGGUGUUCAAUUUGAUAAGUGUUAUUAUGCGAAUUAUUUACAAAUAGGUCAUAUACACCGUGAAAUGGAGAGUUUUAAAGAGGCAUUGACAUUCUAUGCUGAAGCCUAUCGUUUGAUGCCUGGUUCGCCAGUUUGCGCUUAUUAUUAUUCAGUGGCAUUGUGUAGGCAAGAUGAAUGGGAAAAAGCUUUAGAUGUGUAUUCAUCUAUUGAUCAUAUUGAUUUCACAAAAGAUAUGUGGCUGAAUUAUGGCUUAAUUAAUUUACGUUUGGGUCGAAUAAAUGACUGUUUACCUGCAUUACAACGUGUUGUUUUAGCUAAAAAUGACGCAUUAUAUUGGGAAAUUCUCGGUGAAGCUUACUUAUUUCGUAGAAGUUAUGAAACAGCUGUAAAAGCUUUCAAUCGUGCUUUAGACCUAGAACCGAACCGACCAUUUACACUAGUUCUAUGUGGAAGAGCUUAUCGUCAUAUGAAUGAUAUUCACUCCUCUAUUUGUUGUUUUAAUAAUGCACUAAAAAUUAUUGCAAAUAAUUACAUGAUUGAUCGAUUAUACAGAAAAUUCUAUGUCUUGAUUAUAAAAGAAUUAAUUGAAAUUCAUAUGUUCAAAUGUCAGUCUGGCAUGUAUCAAGGAUGUACUGGUCAAGCGUUGAAUGAUUUACAGAUUACUUUAACCUUGUUAAAUAAGUUAUUGAAUUAUUUUGUCGGUUCUAAAGUUGUACCAUUCUGGUUUUUCCGAUAUACAGGUGAUAUUCUUAGCCUAUUGUCUAUGAUUGAUGAUCCUGAACUAUUAAUCGAUGUCCCGACACGUUUAGUCUCUUUAAUGAAUGGUGCUCAGUGUCUAUCCGAAUCGAAAGAGCCUACGGAAACGGUUAAAGUCAAUAUUAUCACAUGUCUUCACCUUGGUGGGAUUUAUCUAGCUUGUGCUCUUCGUACAUCUAUCAGUUCAGUUCGAUAUCCAUCACAUUCAUUAGAUCCAAAUGUGCUCUCUAGCAAUAAGAAUAAUGAAUCAAGUACCGAUACUACUACUACUACUACUACUACUACUACUACUACGGCGACUACUACAACGGAUCCAUUGAAAUUAUUAUUAAUAAGUUCUAUAUUAGUUAAUUUAGGUAUUAAUCAACUUAAUCAAGGUUAUUAUAUGCAACGUAAUAAUAUUUCACAUGAAUCAUUAAUUAAAACAAAUCAAUUAGAUCAUAUUGUUAAACCAUUCAAUUCAAUUAUGAUACCGAAUGAAUUAUUUUAUUUAUCUGAAUCAACUUUAAAAAAUGCAUUACAAUUAUUAGAAAAUUUAUCUAAUAUCUAUGAUGAAUUAUUAGAAGAAAUAAUAAAAGAGAAAAGUUUACUUGAACCAGGUACACUAACAACUGAUGAUGAAAUUGAUGAACAAGAUACACGUGAUCGUAUUGCUUUAAUUAAAAAACUUCAAUCACGUGCAUGGGCUUCAUUAGCUGGUGUUUAUUCAACAAGUGAUGAAAACUUGGAUUCAGAAAUCACCUAUUGUCUUUGUCAAGCAUUACUUUAUAAUCCUGAUAAUACCACCGUCAUGGUUAAUUUGGCAAUGCAACAAAUGAAACAGGGUCAAACUGAACUUGCAGUUAAUUUGGUAGAACAAGCUAAAGCGAUUGAUCCAGAUAAUUUUAGAGUUUGGCUUGUUUCAGCUCAAUUGACUGCUGUCAUGUCUGGUACUCCGUCGAUUGGUCCUGGUUUAUUAGUCAAUACGGAAGUAUUGAGUCAUUUGAUACAUGCUGCGUAUACAGGUUCCAAUUAUCAAGUAGCUUCACAGCUUACACUGCAUUUGAUGCCUAUAAUUAUUGAAUAUGCUGGAUGUAAUUUCCUUUGUGAUCCAUCAGCAUCAUCUUGUCCAUCAAAUAGUAUGUCAGAAUUAAUUCAAGUUUUCGAUAAACGAGCACAUUUACGCUUAUCUAUCAACGUGGCUAUAGAAUGCUUAAAUCGGGCUAUCGCUUUCCAGCCUAAUAAUAUACGAUUAUGGCAUAAUCGGGGUAUAUUACUCCAAUUGGUGGGAUAUUCUGUACCCGCGAAACAUUGUCUUCAAAAAGCUGUUAUGUUAUUGAAUAAACAAAAACAGUUAUCAUAUCGUGAUAAUCCAAAUGAAUUGGCAUUUUUCAGUCUUGUAUUAUCUCAUUAUUUUCUUAUUACAUAUAUUUGGUGAGUGUAAUAUUUGUUGUUGUUAUUUUCAUCAGUUGAUUCGAAAUUUAUAUAGUAUUUUGCUUUGUGUGUGUGUCUUUCAUAUGUAUACAUAACGAAAUUUCUACCUGGACAAAUUGAUUAUUCGAUCAUAGCUAAUAUCCAUCGUUAACUACCACAUUCCUUGGCGUGUAAUGUAAAAGUCAAUUGUAAGAAAGCUAGAGUUGAUCGAAUUGAAGAGAUACAGCAUUAGUUCUCAUAGUCGUUGACUAUUAAUCUGAUUCAUGUUGUUAGUCGUAAACUAUCUGGUUUGAGUGAUAAUCAUUAUCAUUGAUCGAUGUUAGACGGACGACAUAGUUCGAAAGUGAUCAUAACGAUAAAGAUGCACUCAUACUCUGUCUUACUCUAUGUGCGCCAAGUGAUAGUAUUCCUUCAUACAUACCUUUACAUUGUUUUUUCUAGAACUUUAUUCUCAUUGUCUAGUUCUUUUCAGUAUCUCAUUUCUAUUGCAAUUAUUUUCAUUACUUUGUUAGUCAUCUGAUGUGUAAUGAUAACUUGGUCUAUUGUACAUUUGUUUAUGAUUGAAAAUAAAGUCUUAACAUUCCUACAAACUGAAAACCGAUUGAUCUACUUAGAAAACUGGUGUAAUAUGAAAUACUUGUUUAGAAUACAGCAUAAAUAUAAUGUUUCAUAUUACUUACUAUCUUUCAGGAUUUAAAGUUCGAGAAUGAUAAUACAGGUCAAAAUAAGUAAAAAAAAUUGUUAUGUCCCAACGAAGAAUAAAUGAAUGGUAAC